AAUAGACACGGGGGCACCAAAACUUGUACUCCAGUUUUGUUUCGUGUGCGGGUUUUUCGUGUGGCGGUGUGUGCUGUUUCUUGCGUUCUUUGCGUGCUUUUUUACAACAGCAGUAGAACUUGAGCACAACUAUGUGGUCCUCGUCCUCGUCAGUGCAAAGUUGCUCUAGAGGGCGAACCGGCUCUCGCCGGACGUCGACCCUGUUCCGUGUGCUGCUCGGGCUUGGGGCCGUGGCUGCACCACAUGGUGGACCGAGUGUCGUGUCUGCGCAGGAGACGUCUGCACUGAAGAAAAUGCAGCAGUUGCGCGACGAAUCGUCGGACGGCGUGAUUCGGUUUGACAGUCUGCAGGAGUACAAGAGUCUCGUCGCGGGAAGGCCGGACGACGAGCAGCACACAGUCAAAAACUACCACGUGAUCCUCCUGUUCACGCUACCCGAGGGCAGCAGCCCCAAGUCCUGCCCCGCGUGUGGGCCGUUUCUGGAGGUCAUGCGAAGGGUGGCGCCGUCGUACCUGGAGAAACCCGUGUUCUUCGUGCUGGUCCCCAUGGGGCCAAUCUCUCAGCUGCACUCCAUCAUGAGGGUACUUUUAUGCGUCCAUUUUGUAGACGAAGUUGUUUUCGGGACUGUAGACGAAUUUUUGGCGUGAUCAAGGUUUGAUUUAUUUCACUGAAGUAUGUAGAGCGACGGCCCGAAGAAUCUAUCAAUCUUAUUAAACAACCACCCUUCUUCACAGCUUCCGCAAUUUGCGCACAUAGGGACCACGUACAGUGGAACGUACGACGAGGGGAAGAACGCGAAGCCCUACACCCUUCAGCGGUUGUGGCCGGGAUCCGACGAACCCAGCAAGUUUUUGCACUGGGUACAAACUAGUGUUGAUUUCUGUUUCAUCAAAGUCUUCUGUUGAAUUAUACAGGAAAAAACAGGCCUUUUAUCGGCGUUUUGAAAUUCACCCCAAAAUGAAAUUUUUACAGGUCAAUUCAGCUACGGGGGAGCAGGCGCAGCUUGUGCGCACCCUCGGGGACCAGCUUACGAGUUUGGUCUUGCUGUUGUCCUUUUUCUCCUUUGUCGCGGUCGUCGGCCAGGCGGCGCUGAAGCUGUUGCAGCGGUUCCCCGAAAUAAUGGCGGCCGGGAGUCUGGUCAUUGCGGCAUUGGGGAUGAGCGGGAUUAUGUACAACAUCAUCAACCAGAAAAUGAACUUCUUUGGCAUAACCCAAGCCGGCACGUUCGAACUGGUAUACUAGACCGUUGUUGCUGUACGUGGUAAUGAUGGUGCGCCAAGAAAUUUUAUCAUUUUAAAUAUCUUUGGAAUGGUGUACAACUUUUUGCGACUCAACAGCGCGGCACCGUGUACUACACUUCUACUACAUCAAAAACAGAUUCUUCCCUCAUCCCGCGCGCAACACUUGGGUGAAGGCAUGCUCUUCGGGGUGUGCUUCGUACUCACUGGUAGCGGUUUUGCGUUCCUCGCCCGAACGCGCAGCACUAUCAACGUGUAUCUCCCGAGCCCACGGAGACGGGAGGAGCUGGCUCAGCGGACGCGACAGACGCUGAUGGUCCUAAGUGCGUGCGUAUUUAUCAUGUACUUCGUAGAGAGUUCCUACAAGCAAAAGUCCGGGUGGCACAUGGCAACGCCCUUUUUCCCGCCGAGCCAUUUUAAAAGGGGCCCGGUUACCGUAGACCAGGGAACGUCUUUCUAAUGAUUUCUAUCAAUUAAAAUUCACCGAUUUCUGCGAAAGUUGCGAUUGCAUCGUGCUACGAAUUAUUUUUGAAUCUAGAAAGGAUUCCUUCGGUGGCGCAGUUGCACCAGAACUUGAGAAAUAGAAAAUAAACUUGCGAAACCGAU